AUGGUCGCUACAUCUACUGAGCAGCUCACAUCGCUGGCUGCAACGACCGUCAUUGUUCACCCACUCGUACUUCUCUCUGUAACCGAUCACCAUGCGCGCUCUGUUUCGCGGAACACAGAAAAGCGAGUCGUCGGUGUGCUCCUGGGGCAGGACAAUGGGAAAACGAUCAACGUUGCAAACUCAUUUGGAAUCCCGUUCGAGGAGGAUGAGAAAGAUAGCAAGACGUGGUUCUUGGAUCACAAUUAUAUUGAAGGGAUGUAUGAGAUGUUCAAGAAAGUCAAUGCUCGCGAACGUAUGAUUGGGUGGUACCACACUGGGCCGAAGCUGCGCGCUUCUGAUCAGGAGAUCAAUGAUUUGUUCAAGCGAUUUAUCCCCCGCCCUGUGAUGGUCAUCGUCGAUGUGCGGCCGCAGGCUGUGGGCAUGCCCACCGAUUCUUACUUUGCCGUCGAAGAAAUCAAAGACGAUGGCACCGAGACACGCAAAACCUUCCUGCACGUACCCUCUGCAAUUGAAGCCGAGGAAGCCGAGGAAAUUGGCGUCGAGCACCUGCUGCGCGACAUCAAAGACUCGACAACGACGACGCUCAGCACACGCGUCACUGAGCAGCUGGCGUCACUGAACGGUCUCUCCGCGCGCCUCGCGGACAUCAAACGCUACCUCGACGAUGUCGCGGCCGGCAAGAUGCCCGUGAACCACCAGAUCGUGUAUAACCUGCAGGACAUGCUCAAUCUGCUGCCGGACCUGAGCGAGCCGGAGACGGAGGCGAGCUUUGCGGCGAGCACGAAUGACGAGAUGUUGGUGGUGUAUUUGAGCAGUUUGUUGAGGGCGGUGAUUGCUCUGCAUGCGCUUGUUGAUAAUAAGGCGACGAUUGGGCGGGCGGAGCUGGAAGAGGGUGAGAAGAGGGAGAAGGAGGGCAAAAAGGAGAGCGAGCCGGCUGGUAAAGCAGAAGCGAAAAAGGCGGACAAGUAG